UCUUCCCUUCUUCAGUUAGGCCUCAGACGAAAACAACUAAAUAAAAAAAUACGUACGCACGUAGUAUAAUUAAUGGCUUCUCUUAAGUUGUGCAUCACUCUCUUUCUCCUCGCGACUGCAGUUUCUGCUGCUUGUGCUGCUAGGAGUAUGCCGGCGGCAACCCAAAAUGAGAGCGGCUUCAAUGACCAGAAGAACUUCGUCUCCUAUGGCGGAAUUGGUGGCAUGAACGGAAUCGGAAGCGGCGGUCUCCCCUACGGUGGCUUCGCCAGCGGCACGGGUGCCGGUGGUGAUUUCGGAGGGGCCGGCCUUGGUGGAGGAUUUGGUGGUGGCUCCGGGCUUGGCGGAGAAAGCACCUUGCCAACUCUCGGUGGAACUAGCGGCGGUCUUGAUGGCGGCGUCGGCGGUGAAGCUGAUGACCUUUCACUUCCAUGAAGACCCGUCAAUUAAAUUAGUGCUCUAAUUAAAUUGCUUUAAUAAAUUACUCCGGAUUAAGAAGUACUAGUACUAAUUAUUCGUAUUAUUAUUACAAAAAUUCCUUUCACAUAUUACUAUGGGGUGGACAAAAAUAUUCUAUUAGUGAUCAUAAUUGUCUUGAAAAUUUAUAUCACAGUAACUUACAUGUAAUUACUAUGAUGUAAAUUUAAAAACAAUUAUAAUAACUAAUAAUUAUUUCGUACUAAGUAAUAUUUUUGAUCAUGACUCUUUUAUUAGUAAUAUUUAAAGAAACACUCUCAAUUAUCAGUAGUAUUUGUUGUA